UAGUGGAUUGCUAAGAUGGAUUCAAACGAUUCGAUUCAAACAAAUGAAACUAAAAUCUAAUUAUUUUGUAUCAAAAAAUUUAUACGUCAUAAUACGGAAUUCAAUUAUUAAAUUAUUAAAAUGAACAACCCCGAAGAAGCAAUCUUAGUCAAAACCACAGACACGAAAUUUUUAAAAGAAAAAGUAACCGGCUACGAAUGGUCCGAAGGCCUAGAUUAUGAUAAACUCCUGAAAAGUUACUUGCACACAGGAUUCCAAGCUACAAAUUUCGGGCUGGCUGUGGACGAAAUUAAUAAAAUGCUAGAGUGCCGCAAACUGCAUAUUCCUGAAGAUAAGUACAUAGAUAGAGAUGAUCAGUUUACAGUAGUCAGGAACAGCUGUACAAUCUUUCUGGGGUAUACUUCCAAUUUGGUUUCUAGCGGAUUGAGGGAGACUAUUAGAUUUUUAGUGCAGAAUAAGAUGGUAGACUGCAUUGUAACAACAGCAGGAGGAAUAGAAGAAGACUUUAUAAAAUGCCUCAGCCCCACUUUUCUAGGAGAUUUCAAUUUAGAUGGAAAACUAUUAAGAGAAAAAGGCAUUAAUCGUAUAGGCAAUCUUCUAGUACCAAACGACAACUAUUGUGCGUUUGAAAACUGGAUAAUUCCAAUUUUUGAUAAAAUGCUCCAGGAGCAAAAAGAUAAGCGUCUGUUAUGGACACCCAGUAGAAUGAUUAGUCGGUUGGGAGAGGAAAUUGCUAAUGAAGAAAGUAUUUAUUAUUGGGCCAAUAGAAAUCAGAUUCCUGUGUUUUGUCCAGCUUUAACUGAUGGCAGUAUUGGAGAUAUGAUGUUUAUGCAUUCACUUAGAAAUCCAGGAUUGGUACUGGACAUAAUAGAAGAUUUAAAAAGACUCAAUUUAAUGGCAAUGAGAGCAAUAAACAGUGGCGUCAUUAUACUAGGAGGGGGUGUUAUAAAACAUCACAUCUGUAACGCUAAUUUAAUGAGAAAUGGUGCAGACUUUGCAGUCUACUUGAACACUGGCUUGGAAUAUGAUGGAAGUGACUCGGGAGCUAGACCUGAUGAAGCAGUUUCAUGGGGAAAAAUUAGAAAAGACGCAAGACCAGUUAAAAUUCACGCUGAAGCUACACUCAUGUUUCCAUUGUUAGUGGCUCAGACUUUUGCUAAGCAAGUUUAUACUUCUUGUAGUGGUGAUGUGGAGAAAAAAUAAAUAUAUAGAAAAAUCUGCUAUUUUCAUUUGGUUUCGUAAGAAGAAUUCCAAAAAGGUUUUAUAAUAAAGAAAAAUAAAUAAAUAUAUUAAUAUAUUUAAUUUGCAUAAAUAAAAAUAACAUAAAUAUAAUAUAAAGAGCGCGAUUUAAACAAAAUAUAAUGUGCGUUUUCAAACUACAAUUCUUCGUUCUGAUGCCGAUAAAUUUACAACAUAAUAAUUAGUAAACUGUCAAUUAUUUGUAAAAUCUAAUAAUCAUAUAAUAGCUAUUUACAAUAUGUAUAAUGAUCUUCAUAGUACUUAUAAUAAUAAACUGUUUCUAAACUAAACAGUCCCUAUAAGAAGCUCUGGCAAAAUUCUAUUAUUGUUGAUGAAGACUGUACUGUUAGAAGCUCGGUUAGAAGACAAAACUGAUCAAAUUAACUUAUUUUAUCAUCUCAAUAUAUAUAUAUAUAACUCAUAAAAAGGUCUAUAGAAAUAAAGUUCAAACUAUGCUUGAUGUAUAGUCAAUAAUUGAAUUUGCACAGAAAAAAAAACAAACAAAAUAAAACAAGGCAUUUUAGAAUAAUAAUAUUAUCACAAAAAUAAAGAAAAAUAUUGAAUUUUCAAUGUUAAAUUCAGUCUAACGCGAAUUGAGUACUUUAAAAUUAAAUACAUGGCAACUAAAAAGAAACUUUGCCUCUGUAAUGUAUAUUUUUUUGAAUCCUUAAAUUUAAACUGCAUGUGUUACCCAUCUAAUUCAUGUUGUGGCCAAUCGUGAUUUUCAAAUUUUUUACAAUUAUCUAUAACUAUUUCUGCCAAUUGUUUGUUAGCUAAUGGCGGAUCCUUGUGAGCAAUGAGCUCUUUCAACAGGUCCAAACCGCCUUCUUUUUCUACUAGAUGACAGUAUUUUUC